AUGGAGAAGAUGACUAAUAAACAAACUAUCUUCUCAAUAUUUUCUCUUCUUCUUCUCUUUUCUUCAUGUGUUUCUGCUCAGCUCAGGACAGGUUUCUACGGGAACUCAUGUCCAAACGUCGAAACCAUUGUCCGUAACGCAGUCCGUCUGAAAUUCCAGCAGACUUUCGUCACUGCUCCAGCCACUCUCCGCCUCUUCUUCCACGAUUGCUUCGUUCGCGGAUGUGAUGCUUCGAUAUUGAUAGCAUCUCCGUCGGAAAAAGAUCAUCCAGAUGACGUGUCCUUGGCCGGAGACGGAUUCGACACGGUGGUGAAGGCGAAGCAAGCCGUUGAUAGCAAUCCUAACUGCCGCAACAAAGUCUCAUGUGCUGACAUUUUGGCUCUAGCCACUCGUGAAGUCGUCGUUUUGACCGGAGGACCUAACUACCCGGUGGAGCUAGGGAGGAAAGACGGCAGAUUAUCUACAAUGGCUAGUGUUCAACACAAUCUGCCUCAGCCUGGUUUUAACCUAGACCAGCUCAAUACCAUGUUCAACCGUCACGAUCUCUCUCAAAUUGACAUGAUAGCCCUCUCAGGAGCACACACUCUCGGAUCCGCGCAUUGUGGAAAAUUUUCAAAGAGAAUUUACAAUUUUAGCCCUAGAACUCGUAUCGACCCGAGUCUAAAUGGUCAAUACGCACUUCAGCUUAGACAAAUGUGUCCGAUCGGGGUCGACCCACAGAUCGCGAUCAACAUGGAUCCAACCACGCCGAGUACUUUUGACAACGCUUACUUCAAGAAUCUCCAACAAGGAAAGGGUUUAUUUACAUCUGAUCAAGUUUUGUUCACGGAUCAACGGUCUAGAUCUACUGUUAACUUGUUUGCCAACAAUGAAGGAGCUUUUAGAGAAGCUUUUGUCUCAGCGAUCACGAAAUUGGGUCGUGUUGGAGUUCUGACUGGUAAUGCUAGUGAGAUCCGAAGAGAUUGUUCACGUAUCAAUUAG